AUGAAUUCUUUAAUUUUAAUUUACUUGGUGACAAUAAUUCAUUUUGUUGUCACUAUUAAUAAAAAUCGUGGUCAUUUAAAACCAUUUGGUUCAGUUGGAUUUUUAAUUGAUAUUAAAGAAUUAGAUGAAGAAUUUCCAACAGUAUUAGAACUUUUUACAUAUUAUUUACCUAAAUCCGAACCAAUUCUUUCUCGUCAAGUAUUAAUUAAUGAUAAUCAUUAUUUUAUAUGGGAAACAGAUAAAAAACUUGAAAAUGAUGUUUAUGGAUUAUCAAAUACAAAUAUUCAAGUUGAAUCAUUUAAAUCAAAACAACGACAAAGAAUUCAAAUGACAUUUGGAGAAUUUUUAAAACGAUAUGGAAAAGAACCAUUAUUAUUUGCAUAUAAUGUACCGACAGUUCUUCAAAAAUAUCUUGUCGUUCCAAAACCUUUACAAUGUGAUAUUAUAUUAGAAUAUUUUCAAUCUGCAAUUCUAGUUAUAAAUGGUAUUAAUGCAUCACCAUUAAUGUUCGGUGAAGAUCAUGAUCGUCUUCAUUGUAUUCUUCGUGGUAAUAAACGUAUUGUACUUGUUAAUACACUUAAAUAUCCUGAUGUUCGUAAAACUAUUCUACCAAAAAAAGGACAACACCGUGGACCACCAAUUAAUCCAGACAAAAUUGAUUUUGAUGAAUUUCCAGCAUUUGCAAAUAUUGAUUAUCAUAUAGCUAAUCUAAAAUCAGGUGAUUGUUUAUUUAUUCCAAGUAGUUGGAUAUUUCAAGAACGUACAUUCGAAAAUACAAUAUCAGUUAUUUAUAAUAUAAAACAUCAUCAAGCAUUAAAUAUUGAUAUAAAUCAAUUGAAAAAUUGUUCAACAUAUGAUGCAACAUUUACACUUGAUCAAAUUGAUUGGUCAGCUGAACCUCAAACUUUUAGAGAUGUAAUAAUGAAUCUUGUUAAUUCAAAAGUAAAAGGAUUUGAUAAAUGGCAGGAAAUAUUUUCUAAACAUUUAUCAUACGAUUUGUCAUCGGAUUCAGAAGCAUCAGCUAUAUUUGAAGAGUUCUAUGAUAUUGUUGAUGUCGAUGGUGAUGGUGAAAUAACAACAACUGAAGUUGAACGAAUUAAUGGAGUGCAUCAACAUCAUAUUACUGAUCUUCUCUAUGAAAUGACAAAAGUUAUAAAUAAUAAACGAAAAACAAGUACACCUAAACCUGUUGAUUCCGAAGAUAAUCCGUCAACACAGAUAAUAGAAAAUGAUAAAGAAACUGAUGAAUAUUUACAUUUACAAAAUGAUAAAACUGAUUUAUAG